AUGGAGGGCAUCGACGAGGGGAUUCGGCUGCGCAUCCUCCAGAGCUUGCUGCGCGCAGGGGGGCGAUUCUCGUUCGACAUGUCAUCGAACUCGGGCUCGGAGACUGACGACGAGGAGGGGGAUUCGCCGCUUGAGACGGCCGAUCUGGAGGGUCUGGCGCAGUACAUCGAGCGGAACGACCCUAAGAAUAUCAUCUGCAUGGUUGGCGCGGGGCUCUCCACGUCGGCUGGCAUACCGGACUUCAGAAGUCCUGGGACUGGCCUGUACGACAACCUGCAGAGAUACAACCUCCCUAGGCCGGAGGCCGUCUUCGACCUCGACUUUUUCCGCGAGUCGCCAGACGCAUUCUACGACCUCGCGAGGGAGCUGUGGCCGACGGGGGAGAAGUAUGCCCCGACCCUCUCGCACCACUUCUUGAGGCUGCUGGAGAGGCAGGGCCGCCUACGCCGCUGCUACACGCAGAACAUCGACAUGCUCGAGCAGCUCGCCGGGCUCAGCGAGGAGAAAGUCAUCGCUGCGCACGGCAACUUCGCCAAGGCACAUUCGAUUGAAGGUCGAGAAGUGCCAGUGCAAGAGCUGAAGGAGGCUGUCUUUGAGGGCGUGGAUGCGUGCCGGGCCUUGGAGCGCAAGUACGGCUCUCUGGUGAAGCCGGACAUCGUGUUCUUCGGGGAGGGUCUCCCAGAUAGAUUCUUCAGCUGCAGGCAGCAGGACUUCCCGAAGUGCGACCUGUUGCUGGUCAUUGGCACCUCGCUUGCGGUGCAGCCGUUCAACCAGCUUAUUAGCGCGGUGCCCCGGUCCUGCCCGCGGGUGCUGGUCAACAGGGAGGCCGCGGGGCUCUCGGGCGACGUGCCGGGCGGCUUCCGCUUCGGGCGCGAGGGCGCGAGGGACGUGUUCCUCCAGGGCGACUGCGACGAGCGCGUGCGGGCGCUGUGCCGCCGCCUCGGCUGGCUGGGGGCGCUGCAGGAGCUGGUUCCGCCGCGAGUCGCGGAUGCCACACCUGCACUCGGCGCGGAGGACUGCUGCAUGCCGGCUGCCAAGGCGAAGGCGUUCGUGGAGGGCGUGGAGCUGGACCGGGAGGCGGCGCGCGACCCCGAUCGUUCGCCCUCUGCAGGCUCGCGCGUGCCUGCGCGCUCGCGCCCGCGGUCGCGGUCGCGGUCGCGCCAGCGGCGGCGCAGCCCGCGGAGGUGUUCCAGGCCACAGGAGCGGGGGCGCCGCCGGCGCAGAACCAGGAGCGGGUCUUUCGCCUCCCUCGCCCGGCGCCGCCGCCGCGGUUGCUCGCGUCGCCGGCGGCGGCGGCUCCCCGAGCAGUCGGACAGGCGGCACAGAUCCCGGCAGAGGCGGCGGGACUCGCGCGAGCGGCCCCGCGGAGAUUUGCGGAGGGCAUCCUCGCCGGCCAGUCGCGGACCACGACGUCGUACCAGGCGCUCUAGUGCCAGAAGUCCUUCUGAGUAG